AUUAUAAUAAUAGUACACGUUUUUGAAUAAAAUAGUGUUAGAUUUUUGUUGUGGAUAUGUCGAUUGUGUUGACAAAGGCAGCGCUUGCGUUAAAAAACGCUGAUAGCAAUUUCAAAGUUGUUAAAUUUGAAACACACAAACCAAAAAAGAAACAAACUUUAGAAGAUGAAAACAAAAUUGAUGAGCAUAACAAAACACCGUAUACAAAGAAAGAUAUAGAUCUUAAGAAAAUUCGGCAUGAGGUUGUAAAGUUUGGGAUGUCUGGAUUUGAUGGUAGCAAGAAAGAAGAAGCAAAAAUUGCUUUAGCAGUUAGUUUAGGUGCUAAACCACCUAAACGGGAAUAUAUAAACUAUAAGGAGUUAAUGCAGAAGAGAAAACAAGAAAAAUUGGAACAGAAUAAAGAGAAACAGCUUAUGAUAUCAAAGACUGUUUUGAAAACUGCUGGCAAAAAGAAAAAGAAAGGGAUCAAUAAUGAUGUCGGGCAUUUCUUGGACAAUUACGGAAAAGUGCAGAAGAAAGAUUUGAAAAAUAACAAAAAAGCUCCAGUUAAGAAGAAAAAGUAA